AUGGGACUACCAUCAGUCCUUGCUACCGUCUUUGUCUCAUCCUCACAAGAUAUAACUAACCAACACGAUGGUAGGUAUUCUCCAGACUCGGAAGUGCGGGCAAAGGGCCCAACGUACACAACGAGAGCCAAGAAGCUUCUUCACGACAACUUUGAAAACAUAUGCCUGGAAAACGUACAAGCCUGCAUUCUCUUGGGAAACAUUUGCUACGAUGACGACCUUGCAGACGUCGAGUCAUUGUACUUUGUUCUUGCCGUUCGCAUGGCGCAACUCCUUCGGCUUGCCGUGACAAAUGACGCAGACGACGGCGUCACCCGCGAGACAAAGGUCCGGGUGUGGUGGAGUUGCUUCGUCAUUGAUACUUGGGCCAGUGGUGGUCUGAAUCUAUCCCGCCAGUUCAAGAUGAAGAUCAAGCGUCCACGCGUGCCAAUGGAGGAAAACAUGUUCUACGCGUUGAGGCAGGGGGACGCCGAUGCCGACGUCUUGCAGUGGCGGCCGGGCUUUUGGGGCCACAUGGUGAGAAUGGUGGAAAUUUACACACAGAUACAAGACUUUCACAAGUAUCUUGCCGAUGCCGACGUUUGGGACGAAGACUUUAUUCUGCUUACAGUGCAAGAUCUAGAGGCACAACUGACUCUGUUCGAGCAGAGCAUCGAGCCCGGUAUGCGCUUUUCACUCGACAACCUAAAAGCUUACAUUCACCAGGGCCUAGGCGGCAUCUUUAUAGCCUUUAACCUGGGCCUUCAUCACUACUGGACACUCUUGUUCUAUCUAUAUCUCGAUCAUCGUCGGCCUCCCACGACGAAUGGAAGAGCCUACGCGAGCCGGUGCAAGCAACACGCCACCAUAGUCUGCGACAUUCUGCGGGCAUCGCGAGAGCACGAGACGGCUGAAGCGCUAUACAAUAUUGUCGGCCAUGUGACGGUCGUGUCGUCUUCAGUCUUGCUUCAUACAUAUCUAUUUGGAGAGCCAGAGGAGCUGCCAGAUGCAAAGCAUAGAUUGGAGUCGAAUUUCGAGUCGCUCGUGCAGCUGCGAAAGUAUUGGGCCAGUAUCGAAUUCAUGAUCAAUCGACUCGUCAUAUUCCAGAACAAUUGUUUACGAUCCUUGAAUCGGAAUACACACAGGUUCGAUAGAUGGAUGGUCAAGUUCCUCCUCGAGCAUGGUCUGGCGCUCGAGGAGAAGGAGGAAGACGCGGACAACUUGCCCAUGGACAUGGGAAACAGCACCGUCUACGGCAGCUUGCAGUGCGAACGAGGUCGCGUCACGCAUGGUAUCAUAAUGGAGUUGCAAAAUGGAGAUUACUCGUCAUAG